AUGGCUGCCCAGGUAACAGAAGCAGACCAGAUUAAACAGGUAUAUCGUGAGGAUACUUCUCAUACACAAUUCAAUCUUGUUUAAUCUAAGUGAGUGUUAAAAAAUGAAUGCAUUCGUAAAAUAUUGUUUGUGUUCACAGUUCAAAGAAUUUCUUGGUACCUACAACAAACUCACAGAGAACUGCUUCAUGGACUGUGUGAAGGAUUUUACCACUAGAGAAGUAAAGCCAGAGGAGGUAGGUUGACUUCCUUGAUGUUUUCAAGAGUUCCUUCUCAAAACCCAUUGGAUGAGAAAGUCAAGAGUUCCCUUCCCUCUGACCUUCUCCAAUGGGCUUUGAGAACGAGGCAACGAGAGAGGACCCGAGGUGUCAAAGAAAUGCAGUUGAGAUUAUCCCUUAAUCAUGUCUGGGUAGUAGGUAGUAUUGUGGCCAUCCUUCUAAAUCCUGUCUCGUUGUUGGAGGCUAGGUAGUGGAUAGUCUCAUCCACCAGAGGGUUCUAUUUCUGUAGCAAUCGAGCCUGAGGAUGAGGUUUGGUAGCGGGUAAAAUAGGACACAAUGUGGUAACAUUGGUCAACAAAAUGUUAUCACAGAAUGUUCCUGUAUGUUGUUAAAUGUAACAUUCUACCGGGUUAGCUUCUUUAGUCGGAGUAGAAGCCUUUGCAGUGGACACAGCAAUAUUUGAAGAGGUGUGAUAUGUGACGUCAUAUAACUUUAUUGGUUUCCCUCUCAGUCCACCUGCUCUGAGAGCUGUCUUCAGAAGUACCUGAAGAUGACCCAGCGCAUCUCCAUGCGCUUCCAGGAGUACCACAUCCAGCAGAACGAAGCUCUGGCACAGAAAGCAGGUUUAAUCGGACCACGGUAG